UAUGAAUGCUAAUCCAGCCGACAGGACAUCUACGAAAUUUCUUCCUCCUUUCCGCCGCCUGGACAUUCACCCAAGGCUUGGUUCUCGUGUUUUGGUCAAGAACGGCGCUGAUAACGUUGAUCACCCACGAGGUCCGGGAACCGACGGGCACGCAUCCACCGACCCUACCGUCGUCCCUACAUAGAACUUGAAGUUGAUCGUGCAUCUUCGGUGUUGCUCGUAUAGUGACUCCGCUGGAGACAAUUAUAACUUUGAUCACUCAAGAAGUCCGGUUUUCGAUAUUGUAUGCACGCGGUAGUACCGUACUCAUAGAGUAUUAAAGCUGAUCAUGAACUCCGCAGCGGUCGAAGAAUACCUCAGGUUGGCCCUCUUCCACGCCCUCAUUCUCUGCACCACCGUCCUCACCGGUUUCAACUGGUCCUUGUUGAACUCGAGUUCCCCCAGCACCGCAAUAGCCGACCGCAUCAUGCCCAACGUGAUCAUCUUCAGCACACUCAACUUCCAGUUUGCGUUACUAAACUCCAAUGCCGGCAUGUAUUUCCGCUUCAGCUCUGUGUGCCUCGCAAUCUUCACCGCGGUGAGCGGAGGGCUGUUUCCGAUGAGCGUCUGGCACCUGAUCAGGCCGAAGAGGGCUUUCUGGUAUACUCAUUGUUUGGGUUGAACAUCGGAGCAUGCUUGGUGGUGAGUGGGUACGGAAAAUUGACCAGUUUGGCUUAGGAAAUCUUUUUGAGACGCUUCAGAACCCGAUCUAAGCAACGCUUUCUAAGCAUAUCGAUCAGCUUCGAUUGUUCCAGUUCAAAUAUCGUAUAUAGUCCUAGACAACCUCAUAAAUUGGGGGACCUAAUUGCAUGGCAGUAUCUUCUGAGCACCGAAACUCAAUCAUUACCCUUCCUGAAGUAUGACUCUCACUCUUAAUAAUUGAAGUCGAUAAUUACAUAGUUAUACGACUCUCUGUUAACUUUGGCUGGAAGAGGACAUCCAGAGCGAAGACUAUUAAUUCAUAUUAGUGCUCCC